AUGACUUCAACGUCUCAUCUUACCAAAGAAUCCACAAUCCUCAUCGUUGGAGGUGGAACAUGGGGAUGUUCAACUGCUCUUCAUCUUGCUCGUCGAGGCUAUACCAACGUCACCCUUCUUGAUGUGAAUCACAUCCCGUCACCAAUCUCAGCAGGUCACGAUGUCAAUAAGAUUGCGAGUGGACUGAAUGUACCCGAUAACAAAGGAGAUGAUGAAGAUGCAAUUUGGCAAUCCCUCACCUACGCUCAAGCCCAAGGUUGGCUACAUGAUCCAGUCUUCAAGCCAUACUGCCAUGACACAGGCUACGUCAUCUCUGCUUCAACGCCAAAGGCUAUCAAACAAGUUGUGGAGGAAGACGUCGGUGACAAGAUUGACGAGUUCACCCCUCUCAACACAGCAGAAGACUUUAGAAAAACCAUGCCUGAAGGUGUUCUUACGGGGGACUUCCCCGGAUGGAAAGGCUUCUACAAAUCACAGGGCUCUGGCUGGGUCCAUGCUCGAAAGGCCAUGACUGCUGCUUUUGAGGAAAGCAAGAGACUUGGCGUCAAGUUCAUCACAGGCUCACCAAGAGGCGAAGUACAAAGUUUCAUCUUUGAGGACGGCGAUGUGAAAGGUGCCAAGACUGCAGAUGGAAAGGAGCACAGAGCGGAUCGAACGAUUCUUUCUGCUGGUGCAUCAGCUGAGCGAUUCCUUGACUUCGAGAAUCAAAUUCGUGCCACAGCCUGGACUCUUGGUCACAUACAGAUGACACCUGAGGAAACCCAACUAUACAAGAAUCUACCUGUUCUUUUCAACAUCAACAAGGGCUUUUUCAUGGAACCCGAUGAGGAUCUCCAUCAGCUUAAGAUGUGUGACGAACACCCGGGAUACGUCAACUGGGUCCAGAAACCUGGAGCUAAAUUUCCCCAAUCCAUCCCCUUCGCCAAACAUCAAAUUCCCCUCGAGUCCGAACGCCGUAUGAGAGACUUUCUUACAGAUAUCAUGCCGCAGCUUGCAGACAGACUACUCGUGCAUGCUCGAAUCUGCUGGUGUGCUGAUACCUACGACAGAAACUUUCUCAUCACAUAUCAUCCUCGUCAUCCUUCUCUGGUUAUCGCGUCAGGUGACUGCGGCACAGGGUAUAAGCACAUCACGUCCAUCGGCAAGUUCAUAUCUGACUGUAUGGAGGGUACAUUGGAAGAGAGAUUUGCUAAGUUUUGGAAAUGGAGACCCGAGAAGUUUACUAAAUUUUGGGGUAAGGAUCCUUUAGAUCGAUUUGGUGCUGAUGAUACGAUGAUGGAUUUGCCAAAGAGUGAGACUGAAGGGUGGACGGAUAUUAAGGAGGAUAAUUCCACUUGCUAA